AUUUAUAAAGAAAGUUCAUACUAGAAGAAUUGAAUAAAAUUAAUGUAACCCUAUAGAUUGGAUUUAUGUUGAAGAAUAUAAUUUUAAAUAUUAACUAAAGUUGGAAACUUGUAAAUAGAAUUAAAAGUUAAUUAUAUACUUUCACAGAUAUUUUGUAUAUAGUAUUACGUAAAGUUUUAUAUCAAAGAGCAUGUUAAUUAAGUCUCUUUUGUAAGUAUUGGAUGUCAAAUACUUUUAACUAAUAAAGACUUUUUAUAAAGUAAAUAGACAAAUCCUAGUAAAAGAUGUCAAUUGUAUUUGGGAAGUAUUUAGAUUUAAAGGAACAAAGGGAAUUAUUUAUCUUCUUUGUUUAUAGGUAAAAGUUCGAUAAUCCGUUUUACUAGGGACGCUAAGAAUUAAGUCAAAUUGAUUGACAAAAGCUUAAAUGGUCAGCAGGUAAUUGAUGACCAAUGAAAUAAAUUAUGGGAAGUCUUUUAAAUUAUUAUUUGGCAUUUCAUUGGAGAAAAUAGAAGAAGUUCUUAAAUCCAAAGGUCAUGUGACUAAAAUUUCGAAUAUCCAAAAUUAUGUUUUAGCGUCACUUGAUCUUUGGAACCUGAAAAUAAAACAUCAUUUUACAGAACUUCUGUCUAUUUUAGGUAAGUUAAAGUAACAUUUAAUUUAGCAUAUGAUUUUGAAAUAAAUAAGUUAAUACUAAAUUUGUAAUUAAUUUGGGUUAAGAUUUAUUAAUAUCUGUUGUACUUUAAGGACAAAUUGUAUAUAAUGUUUUAAAUACAAAAUGGACUCUUGAAAAGGUCUUAUAAUGUUAAAGUUAUUUGUAAAUAAGUUUUAUGUUAAAUGUGAAUUAUUAUAAGUUUUAAAGAUAUUAGUUUUAAAAGUUAUUAAAAGGUUAAAUGUUUAAAAUAAGAACAUUACUGAAUUACGGAACUUAUCAUAUUUACUCCGGAAUAAGUUUUAUAAUUACUUAGUCCAUGGGAGAUAAUUUUGAGUGUAAAUUCAUAUCGCUAAAUAUUCUGAACACGCACAAUCUUCAAAACCCUAAUUUUACUGAAUACUUAAAUAAGUUUGACUUGCAGAAGUUGCAGAAAUGUUUGAAGCCUGGAGACUGAGGUAUUCAUUAUGUAAUGUAGCUGUAUUAUGAUUUAAUUUGUUAAUAUUUUGAAUGCUUAGAAUUGAGGUUGAUUUUGAUAGUAAAAAUACAUAACAUUACUUUUAUUUUAUUAGCAAGUCUUACAUACAACAUUUUAAUUAUUAGAAAUAUAAAGUCCCCUUUUCAAUUUAGAGUUUUAAGUACAUGUACCUCUUUUGAUUAGUAAGUUAACUUGAAUUCAGGAAAAGGUAAUUAUUAAGAAACAAUAUUUAUUUAGUAUUAUGAAUUAUCUGGCAUGUUGAAAGAAAUAUAUUUAGUUAUGCGAGUUAAGCUCUUGAGUUAAGUCCACCCCUUUUUAACAUAUUUAAUGAAAUAUAACUAUUGAAAGUUACAGAGUUAAUUCCCCUGAUGAGUUAUUCCCCUUUGAAAUAAGUUGUAUGUGAGACUGUAAAGGUUCAUCAUUGUUAAUUGAUUUAUUGAUUCAUGAUUUAUUUGUAAUUGAUUGUAACUGUUUAUUGAAUAUACAAUGUAGACUUGAUCUUUGGAACCUGAAAAUAAAACAUCAUUUUACAGAACUUCUGUCUAUUUUAGUAACCUGCAAAACAGAAAACAAAAACCCCCCUACAAUCAGCACAACAGUUUAUGGUGGAGGCAAAAGGGAACGAACCAGUACCUCAUAGAUAAAGACACAUGAGUAAGCCAUCAAACUACUUACUUCGAUCUGCAGGCUUAAUUCCAGAGGAAACCGCUGAAGAAUUACUAGUAGUCGAUCUUGCUGCAGAACAGAACAUACCCGUUAGAAUCAACAUGCCUGGUGAAGAGGUGACCAGACAGGUACUACCAAGCUUUAGACCAUUUGUUACAACAUUGAAAGUUAUUUUCAUGCUGGCAGUUCUUUUGAACAUACCUCAAUCUAAGGCAAAUUCAAUAUUACGGUUGAACUAUGGAAUCCUAUUUGAAAAACAAGCUAAUGUGCAUUUUAGCAAUGAUGUAUGGAUGCAUACAUUUCAAAUAAGAUUACCUGUUAAAAAAGGGAUGAAAUUGAUUAGUCCCUGUAAAGGAAAAGACUUUUGCGAAAAUUUUAAUAAGCUAGCAAAUGAAUUGAAUAUACUCCAACUGCAAACAACAAGAGAACUUAACCAAACAAUAACCACUUUGAAGAACAUUAUUCCAACUAAAAGCAAAAAUAAUAAUAGGAAAAAGAAGGCAAUCUUAGGAUUUAUUGGAGAAUUAUCGAAAUCAAUAUUUGGUACAGCUACUGUUUCUGAUGUAAAACUCCUAGCUCAGCAUAUCAAUGUCCUAACAACAAGAACUGUAAAAUUGACCAAAGAAAUGGCUAUUCACUCAGAUCACCAGUCUUCAUUUAUGUCAAUAAUAAAUAAAAGAAUUUCAAACAUUGUUAAUGAAAUGAAAGACACUCAUGAUGAAAUAGAUUUGUUACAAAAUGUUAUAAGAAAUAACACAAAGGCACUUGAGAAAUUAUUUUUUACUAUAUCUAACACAAUUUUAAAUACGAUUACUCUAAAUACAGAAGUUAAACACAAAUUAAAUGAUUUGAAACUAGGAAUUUUCAGUUUAGUUGAAGGAAAAUUAUCCCCCUUGUUGAUUAAACCAGCAACUUUAAGAAAAUCUUUGAAACAAAUUGAAAUGCAAUUGCAUCAAAAAUAUCCAGGAUUUUAUAUUGUUCAAAAAAAUAUAAACUAUUAUUAUUCAUCCCAAAAUUUUGUAUACUCCAAAAAAGGAUCAGAUAUUUUUAUUAUGAUAAAAAUCCCAAUAGCAUAUAAAAUGGCAAAAUUUGAAUUAUUUUCAGUCACUGCUCUUCCAGUCCCAGUAAACACAUCCUUGCAUGCUACCCAAUUAAUGGAUGCCCCUGAAUACUUAGCUUUGUCCAAUGAUAAGAAGACAUAUUUACCCCUUACAAGUCAGCAAAUCAUGAAAUGCAAGAAUUACAAUAACAAUAUGUAUUGUCCAUUAUUACAAUCAUUUUCUGGAAGUGUAGAUUCAUGCAUAGUAUCUAUUUUUAAUAAUGAUAAAGAUAAAGUACAGUCAUUGUGUGAUUUUAGAUUUUUACACAACAAAAUAAUGCCAAAAAUUAUGUAUUUGAACUCUUCUGCAAUAGUUAUAUAUAAAAUUCCACAAAUUUCAAUAGAUUGUUCAGGAAAACAAAUUUUUCAUGAAGGUUGUGAUUUUUGCAUUAUGAAUAUUCCUUGUCAAUGUUCAAUUGCCACAAAAUUAUUAAGUUAUCCACCUUCAAUUACUUCAUGCAAAAGGUCAAAUAAUAUUACAGUUGUCCAUCCCAUAAAUCUAGCAUUGCUACAACAAUUUUUUACUGCAAAACAAUUGAUAGAAAUAAAUGGUAGUUCUACAUUCGUAGAAAAGAUGAGUAUUAAUGUUCCAGACUUUAAAAUUUAUAAUCAUUCAUAUUCUUCAUUUUUGGUAAAAGAUCAACAAGACCAUCUUAGUUUAAAGAAAAUGGCUAAAGUUGCUAAAAAGGAAGGAAUUAUUUUUCAAGAUUUGGCAGAGCCUUUAUUAGAUGGUCAGAUAGAUAUAGAAAAUAAUUGGCCAAAUCUUAAUGGUACACUUGGUUUAAUUGGAACUUCUUUAGCCAGCAUUACAUUUAUUUACUGUAUUUGGUCAUUUUUCAAAAUUAGAACAUUAACAACAACAAUUUUGAUUUUAGAAAGAACUAUUAAUGCUCAUUCUGCUUCCAUACCAUCUUUUAUUUUUAAACCAGAAACCACAACCACUAGCUCUGUGAUAUCUCACAUGUUUGAUCAGGAAUUUAAUAUGAAUCAUAUUUUAGUAAUUAUAAUUGGUAUUUUGAUUAUAUUUAUUGGACUUAUAUUAUUUAAAAGAAGAAAAUCAAAAUCACACUUUACAUAUUUAAUGAUGGAAAUUACAACUGGAACUUCUUGUCUUCAAGUUCCCCUUAUUAAGAUGCCACUAUGUCCUGCUUAUUGGGAAAUUAGUAUGCCCCCUUCUGUAGAGUCACUAGAGGUUGUUGGUACUUUUCAACCAACUUUAUUAAUUAAAUGGGAUGAAUUUUUGAUCAAAAACAAAAUAAAUGAAAAAUCAUUAACUGUUCCUAAGAUGAUCAGAUUGCCACUCUUUCAAAGUUUACAACUAAAACAAAUUUUGAAACAACCAUACUGUGUGUAUAUACUUCUAGUCCAUCAAAACCUAUUUAAAGUUUUAAAUCACGAAUAAGGUCUUUUUUGCCUGACGAAUUUUCUACCUUAAAUUUUUUUUUCUCUCUCAAUAUUGUUAAGUUAUAAGUGAUAUAGGACAUCAAAGCAUGACUUGUGCCGUGGAUAUUCAAAAGGACAUCGAAGGAAUCAACAAUAUUUCGGACAACAACAAUAUAGAAUUCGUACAUAAUGGAGGACACCGUGUGCUAUUUCAUAAAAUUAUCAUGGAUUAUGUGAUCACAGAUUUUCAGCAUUGUGAAUUUAUCAAUAUAUGGAAAAAAGUGAAUUUGUGAUGAGAUAACAAAAAGUGAAUUUGUGAUGUGAUAACAAAAAGUGAAAAGGUGAAUGUCACCAUACUAUACAAAAGGAUUAUUAAGUGUUUAUAUUAAUAAAAAUGAAAUACAAAUUGCAUGAAUGAUUUACUCUAACCAAACAAAAAUGAUAUUAUAUUCUAAAUUCAUCCCAAGAUAACUAGUUGAAUCCUUAACAAAUCUUGUAUUAGGUAUAUUUAUAGUAAUAUUUUUGUUUGCUCCUUGCAUGCUUAAUUAACAAAUACACUUAUGAUCAUUUAUUAAUCCAAAUUUGUAUGUAUAUUUUAAUAUUAUAUAGUCCUUUAAUUUCUUUUAUUAUUAUUACUAUUAUUUUUU